CCCGCCGGAAGCGGAAGUCAGGUGAUUGUCGGAUUCUAGAGGAAGGGGCUCCGUUACAUUGGAGAGCUGGAGUGGUCUGGAGUUCCACGGUGUGGUGAGCCAGAGGUCACCUCUCCUGCGGCUUCUCAGUGUCUCGCCGGGGAGGUUCGGCCCGAGUUGGAUAGACAUAGCCCUUGGCGGAUUUAAACAACCUAAUAAGCAAUACAGCUGCCUCAAAUCUUUGGGAAUUUCAGAAUGACUGACACUGCUGAAGCUGUUCCAAAUUUUGAAGAGAUGUUUGCUAGUAGAUUCACAGAAAAUGACAAGGAGUAUCAGGAAUACCUGAAACGUCCUCCUGAGUCUCCUCCAAUUGUUGAGGAAUGGAAUAGCAGAGCUGGUGGGAACCAAAGAAACAGAGGCAAUCGGUUGCAAGACAACAGACAGUUCAGAGGCAGGGACAACAGAUGGGGGUGGCCAAGUGACAAUCGAUCCAAUCAGUGGCAUGGACGAUCCUGGGGUAACAAUUACCCGCAACACAGACAAGAACCUUACUAUCCCCAGCAAUAUGGACAUUAUGGUUACAACCAGCGGCCUCCUUACGGUUACUACUGAUAGAAAUGUUGGCAGCUUUUAGUAAAAGCAUUUACUCUGUUACCAUGACAAAAGUUUGGGUGUCUUCUGUUGGUCAUAGUUUUAUAUCUGAUUUUAGAGAAUGGAUUAUUGAUUUUGUGGAAGUUGAGACUUUAAAAAAAAAUAGAUCUUACUUGCGAGAUGCAGUGGUUGCUGGGAAUACCUGAAAUUGUGGAUUAUAUUGCUUGACUUCUACCUCAGAAUCUUCUUUUUUCAUGACUUAAUAGUGCUAUGAGUUUGGUAUAUUAUUUGACCUCUAGGAGUUCUUUGUUUUACACAGAAAUAAAAAUUUUUAAAUAGAAAA